GCCACAAUCCGAGCCGUCCAUUUCAGGGAGAAUCUGAGUAGCUUGCUAUAAUACCCAAUCUACCUAGUCAAACCCAGAUCCAACACUCAAAUAUUCCCACAAAUCCGCCACUGAAUUUCGGUGCUCAGGGAUUGCAUGAAAUAUUUUCUGGCUCCCCGGAAUUCAAUUGUCUCAGAGCGGAGUAAUUUCAAGCGCAUUGAUUGUCCACUGAAACAAGGCAAUAUUCCCUUGCACUCCUUGCUAGAGAUCGGGAUGCACGACUUUUGUACAGACAGGGUUUCGAGGUUAACAUUUCUGAAUGAGUUUCGAUCCCGAGACAUAGCCGUACCAUCCGUGACAUUGAGUCCUGGACAGAAUAGGCUCUUUUCCUGCGCUUUUGGAUAUCCGGAGCUUUGAACUCGUAACCUCUGAUUGAGGAAGUUUUUGUUUGAAAUAUAAAUCUGAAUUUUCAGUUCUUUGGAGUUUUGAACUCGUGACCUCACUUCACCUUUUGGGCAAAGAUAUUCGAAACCAGAGCUUUUUUCUCACGAGCUUCGAACUCGAGACCUCUAUUUUUGAGCUGCCCGUAUCAAUGGAUGGGCCUUAUUCAAGAUCUCGACAUACUAAACGCUAUCAAUACGAAGACGGGGGAGGGGGAGGUCAGGGGUUCGAAUCCCAGGAUCGCCACAAACGCCAUCAAUCCACACACUCACCUCGCGGGGCGCCUCCUCCUAUCCCGAGAACACCAAAACUCUCAGCAAACGAAAUAACUUUCCGCAUACUGUGCCCGGAGGUGCAGGUGGGAAGCAUAAUUGGGAAAGGUGGCAGCAUAGUGAAAAGCCUGAGGGCCGAGACUGGCGCUCGUAUCACCAUCCAGGACGCUGUGCCGGGGGCCGAAGAACGUGUGGUCUUGAUCUCCUCCUACGAUGACGGCGUCUCCAGGGACAAUAAUUACAUCUCCCCUGCGCAGGACGCGCUUUCCAGGGUCCAUUCCAGGAUAUUUGAAAGCAGCAUUGAGGAUUUGGAAGGGCAGAGCAGGAAUAUCAAGACCAGGCUUGUGGUGCCCAAUAGCCAGGUGGGCUGCUUGCUCGGGAAGGGCGGUAAGAUUAUCGAACAGAUGCGUCAAGAGACGAAAGCCCAGAUUCGUGUCCUGUCUAGAGACCAGCUGCCUCUCUGCACUCUGCCUUCAGACGAGAUUGUGCAGGGCCUUUGUUUACUGCAGAUUGCUGGUGACUUGAGUGUGGUGAAGAAAGCAUUAAAUCUGAUUUCAGCUCGAUUGAAAGUGAACAAUCCCAGGGAACGUGAUUGGGAGAGGGACCGAGAUCGGGACCGGGAACGUGAAUGGGAGCGAGAACGUGAACGUGAGUGGGAGCGAGAACGUGAAUGGGAAUGGGAGCGUGGCCAGCCAUCUCCUUCGGUUGCCAAUGUCUACUCUCCAGAUCAUCGUCAUUCAGGGGAUGGUUUCUCCUCACAUGGAGUUUCUUUCUCAAAUCAUGCGCGCUCAGAUGGUCAUGUCCCAGGAAUGAGAUUGUCUAUAGGAUCCAGUGGCAACAGAAAUCAGGGUCACACGCUAGUGCCUUCUGGUUCUGGACACAUGCAUUCUGAGGCUGUUGGAUCUCAUGGAACUGAUCAUGAGGCUUCUGUUUCUGGUGAGGAACUUGUUUUCCGAAUCCUUUGCUCAAACAAGAAGAUUGGGAGUGUCAUUGGAAAGGGUGGAAGUGUUAUCAAAGGUCUGCAAGAAGAAAUAGGAGCGAAAAUAAAAAUAACUGAUUCAGUUCCAGGGUCAGAUGAGCGGAUUAUCAUUGUAUCGGCUAAUGAUGUUUUGGAAGACAAUCUGUCUCCUGCCCAAGAAGCUCUUCUGCAUAUUCAAAGUCAGAUUGUUGAUCUUGGUCCAGACAAGGAUGCGAUUAUUACUACAAAGCUACUUGUUCCUUCCAAUCAAAUUGGUUGUCUACUUGGAAAGGGAGGUUCAGUGAUAAAAGAAAUGAGGAGGGAAACCCGUGCAAAUAUAAAAAUUUUAAGCAGAGAAGACCUUCCUCCAUGUGCUUUAGAAUCAGAUGAGAUGGUUCAGAUUGUAGGUGAUAUCAAUGCAGCACGGCAAGCUCUUGUUCAAGUAACAUCCAAGUUGCGCAAUCUUGUACAUGAAAUGGGUACCCCUAAGGCUUUCUUUUCUGCUUUACCAAACAAAAACAUCAGAAGGCGACCUGAGCCUAUCUCACCUGAUAGAUCAUAUUCACCUUUUAUGGGUUUUCAAGCUGGCAAUCACUCUUUGGCAAACUCAAGAGAAACAUGGUCAUCAAAGGUAAACAUGCAAGAGAAUAGUGGUAGGGGCCUACCUGACUAUGAAGAGAGACCAAAGCAAGGGGGCUCUAUCGGCUCUGGAAUAUCAACUGCUGGGCAUGUUACUAAAACAACGGUUGAAGUUGUCAUACCUGAGCAUACCAUUGCACCUCUUAUUGGGAACGGGGGAAAGAGCAUCAGCCAAAUCAGUCAGAUAUCGGGUGCAAAAGUUUUUUUACUUGAGGGGAGGCCAGGGUCGAAUAGGGUAAUUGAAAUAUCUGGUACUCCAGAACAAACCAAUUCAGCUCAGAAAGUGCUUCAUUCAUUAAUUCUAAAUGGGCAGUCUUCACAUAGUUCAUAUUCUGACUAAACACUUGUUUGGGCCUCUGGACACAGCUUUUUGCCGUCCGUUUCCCUGGAUAUUCGGGGUUCUUUACAAGGGCUGUAGCAUGCAAAUGGUGAAUAGUUUCCCAGUGAAAUUAAAACAUUGUUAGCAUGAUAGAUGCUGAAAUUUGGAGCGCAUAUUUUUGAGCUUGACAAUCAAAACUCUGAUCUCACUCCUAUAAUUCUCAAUGAAAUGCCAUAUAAUGUAUUUUUUCACAGGAGAAUAAGUUACAUCGGGGUUCAGUCUGCAAUAUCGAAUCAUCAGAGUUGCUACCAGGAAAGUUUAAAUUAUGUUUUGUAAGAUAUGCUAUUGUUAAACACUUAUCUGGGCAUUUGUGCCUAUCCUGGAAUAGAAUUCAACGCUGUGCAUGUUUUCAGUUAUUUUCAAUUUUGUAUAAGAUGGAGUUAUAUUUUGGUUUCA